AUGCUAAAGGGGUCGCUUAAAGGUUGCUUAAGUAUGUCUAAAAAAGUUAUAGUCAUUGCUGGUACGACAGGAGUAGGGAAGUCUCAGUUGUCUAUACAAUUAGCUCAAAAAUUCAAUGGCGAAAUCAUUAAUUCAGAUUCUAUGCAGGUAUACAAAGAUAUUCCUAUUAUAACAAAUAAACACCCGCUUCAAGAAAGGGAAGGCAUUCCUCAUCAUGUAAUGAACCACGUUGAUUGGUCAGAAGAAUACUACUCCCAUCGUUUUGAAACAGAAUGUAUAAAAGCUAUAGAAGAUAUUCAUCAGAGGGGAAAGAUACCCAUUGUUGUAGGGGGUACACAUUAUUAUUUGCAGACACUUUUCAAUAAGCGAGUAGAUACGAAAUCGUCAGAACUUAAGCUCACAAAGGAGCAGCUUGAUAUUUUGCAAUCGUCUGACCCCGAUGUCGUUUAUAACACCCUUGUGGAGUGUGAUCCAGACAUAGCUACGAAAUACCAUCCUAAUGAUUACAGAAGAGUACAACGAAUGUUAGAAAUCUACUACAAGACGGGCAAAAAGCCAAGCGAGACAUUUAAUGAACAACAAAUUACCUUGAAAUUUGAUACUCUAUUUUUAUGGUUAUACAGUAAGCCGGAACCACUUUUCCAAAGGUUGGACCAUCGUGUAGACGUCAUGUUGGAGAGGGGCGCCUUACAAGAAAUUGAGCAAUUAUAUGAAUAUUACAGCCAGAAUAAAUUUACGCCGGAGCAAUGCGAAAAUGGUGUCUGGCAAGUUAUCGGCUUCAAAGAAUUCUUACCAUGGUUAAGCAGGAAAACCGAUGAUAACACGAUCAAGUUGGAGGAAUGCAUAGAAAGAAUGAAAACGAGAACGCGUCAGUACGCAAAAAGGCAGGUGAAAUGGAUCAAGAAAAUGCUGAUACCCGAUAUUAAAGGUGACAUAUACUUACUGGAUGCCACUGAUCUCUCCCAAUGGGAUAUUACUGCUUCUCAAAGAGCGAUAGCUAUUUCUAAUGAUUUUAUUAAGAACCGACCUAUUGAGCAAGAAAGAGCACCUGAAGCCCUGCGGGAAUUGUUGUCUGAAGGCGAAACUAAGAUGAAGAAAUUGGACGAUUGGACUCAUUUUACUUGUAAUGUCUGUCGUAACACAGAUGGUAAGAAUGUUGUAGCUAUUGGCGAAAAGUACUGGAAUAUCCAUUUGGGUAGCAGAAGGCAUAAAGCCAACUUGAAAAGAAGCGCUCGUCAAACUGAUUUUGAAAAAUGGAAAAUAAGCAAAAAGGAAACAGUUGAAUAA